GUCACAAAGAGAGCCGAAAAGGAAAUAAUGCAGGUUAUACAGAGAUGACUGCAGAUGGGUGGCCUGAAUGUCCAUAAGACCCUUAUUUCUAGACUUCCCCACCGUCCAUAGCCACAUCUACAAAUAUCACCAAACAAAGAACACGAUUCAAACCAUUUCUAUAUUUUGGUUUGGAUGGACGAAACCAGGAGCUGUCACGUCAGUCUUGUCUUUUUUUUUGUGUUUUUUGCCUGCAUAGCGCAGACCUUCAAUUCUAUGCCACCCAUCUUUUGCUGUGUUGAAUCGGGCCCGAGGA